AUGUCUAGUUUGUUCCUUCUAUCUAUCUAUCUAUCUAUCUAUCUAUCUAUCUAUCUAUCUAUCUAUCUAUCCCAGUUUGUUGACAUUUACCGUUCUUUCUCAGAUUUUUCAUAUCUAUCUAUCUAUCUAUCUAUCUAUCUAUCUAUCUAUCUAUCUAUCUAUCUAUCUAUCUAUGUCUGUUCACAUCUAUUUGCGAAUAUACGAGUCGUAAAACAUUUAACCUCCAGAAACCUUUCUCAGAUUUUUCAUAUCUAUCUAUCUAUCUAUCUAUCUAUCUAUCUAUCUAUCUAUGUCUAUUCACAUCUAUUUACGAACAUACGAGUCGUAAAACAUUUAACAUCCAGAAACCUUUCUCAGAUUUUUCAUAUCUAUCUAUCUAUCUAUCUAUCUAUCUAUCUAUCUAUCUAUCUAUCUAUCUAUCUAUCUAUCUAUCUAUCUCAGUCUGUUCCUAUCUAUCUAUCUAUCUAUCCCAGUUUAUUCACAUUUACCGUUCUUUCUCAGAUUUUUCAUAUCUAUCUAUCUAUCUAUCUAUCUAUCUAUCUAUCUAUCUAUCUAUCUAUGUCUAUUCACAUCUAUUUGCGAACAUACGAGUCGUAA